AUGCUUAUAUCUCAAUCCAUUCAUAUCUGUCUCACGCUGUUCAAAUCUAUCUCUCUCACUCUGUUCAUAUCUAUCUAUCUCUCUCACUCUGUUCAAAUCUAUCUCUCUCACUCUGUUCAUAUCUAUCUAUCUAUCUCACUCUGUUCAUAUCUAUCUAUCUCACUCUGUUCAUAUCUAUCUAUCUCACUCUGUUCAUAUCUAUCUAUCUCUCUAUCUCACUCUGUUCAUAUCUAUCUAUCUCUCUCUCUGUUCUCUAUCUAUCUCUCUCUCUCCAUUCUGUUCAAAACUAUCUAUCUCUGUCUCUCACUCUGUUCAAAUCUCUCUCUCUCUCUCUCCACUCUGUUCAAAUCUAUCUCUCUCUCUCUCUCACUCUGUUCAUCUCUAUCUCUCUCUCUCUCACUCUGUUCAAAUCUAUCUCUCUCUCUCUCUCACUCUGUUCAAAUCUAUCUAUCUCUCUAUCUCACUCUGUUCAUAUCUAUCUAUCUCUCUGUUCAUCUCCUCUCUAUCUCACUAUCUAUCUAUCUCUCUAUCUCACUCUGUUCAUAUCUAUCUAUCUCUCUAUCUCACUCUGUUCAUAUCUAUCUAUCUCUCUAUCUCACUCUGUUCAUAUCUAUCUAUCUCUCUAUCUCACUCUGUUCAUAUCUCUCUAUCUCACUCUGUUCAUAUCUAUCUAUCUCACUCUGUUCAUAUCUAUCUAUCUCACUCUGUUCAUAUCUAUCUAUCUCACUCUGUUCAUAUCUAUCUAUCUAUCUCACUCUGUUCAUAUCUAUCUAUCUAUCUCACUCUGUUCAUAUCUAUCUAUCUAUCUAUCUCACUCUGUUCAUAUCUAUCUAUCUAUCUAUCUCACUCUGUUCAUAUCUAUCUCACUCUGUUCAUAUCUAUCUAUCUAUCUAUCUCACUCUGUUCAUAUCUAUCUAUCUAUCUAUCUAUCUAUCUAUCUCACUCUGUUCAUAUCUAUCUAUCAAACUGAAAUUGUCAUUUGGUUGGUUUCUUUCUUUUUGUGACCAAAAUCCUUUCAUCUCUUUUUACACAGACACACUUUUCUAA